AUGCUGCAGUCCAUCAACAACCGAGUACCUCAGUGCGAGUGCAAGUAUCGAAACCCCCAAGUCGACACCAUGGCCGCCGAGACGGGCCAGUCCCCGAGGCCCCUGGACCUCGCCAUCAUCGGCGGCGGCAUCUCAGGUAUCACUCUAGCGAUAGCCUUGUACAAGCGAGGAGUCAGCUGCACCGUCUACGAGGCUGCCUCGGAGCUGACUGGGAUCCGCGGCGCAGUACCAAUCAGCUGCAAUGCCCUGCGUGCUAUGGAGCAGGUCGACCGCUGUGUCCUCGGCGCCUACAACCUCGCCUCGACGCGCAACCAAUCCGUCUCGAAGAGGGAUGUGUGGUGUGACUUCGUGGACGGCAUGUCACCACAGCCGGCGACGCAUCUCGAGCCCCUGUUUUCCAUUCUCGGCGCGGAAAAUGUUGCACAUAAUGUCGUGUCUUGCACACGCUUUCUGGACGAGCUGGUGAGGCUUCUACCAAGGGACACGGUGAGGUUCGAGAAGGAGCUGAAACAUGUAUUGGAUGAUAGAAUCGGAUCUGGCAAGAUGCUCAUGAAGUUUGGUGAUGGCUCCGUGGCAGAAGCAGACGCAAUCAUUGGCUGCGACGGUGUCAGAUCUCGGACAAGAGCCAUCAUGGUUGGCGAAGAUCAUCCUGCCGCAAUGGCAUCUUACACCCACAAAUACGCCUACCGCGGCCUCGUGCCCAUGUCACAGGCGUCCCUGGCGCUGGGUACGGAGAGGGCGAUGAAUGCAACAUGCUGGCUAGGGAAGAACAGACACUGUAUGACGUUCCCUGUGGACCAGGGCCAGAACAUGAGCUUUCUGGCCUUCGCGACCAAUGACCGCGAGGGUUGGCCGAGUGACAAGACACAAUGCCUAUCCACAACAAAAGCCGAGGCUUUGGACGAUUUCCGUGCGUUUGGUCCAAACGUCAAGCACAUUAUCAAGCUCGCAACAGGAGACUUCGAGAGGUGGGCGAUCUUCGACCUCAGCGAUUACACCCUCUCGUCCUAUUUUAAAGACAGAAUAUGCCUGCUCGGCGAAGCAGCACACGGCUCGAGUCCACACCACGAGGCCGGGGCGAGCCUCUGCAUCGAAGACGCUGCAGUUUUAGCUUCCCUCCUAUCAAUUCCAGAAAUCAAAGGAACCGAGACUCUCGAAAAGGUCUUUGCAGCUUAUGAUGCCAACAGACGCGAGCGGACACAAUGGCACGUGAAAAGCAGCAGACGUGCAGGAAACCUCGUCGAGUACCUGACCAAGGACGUUGGGAAAGAUAUUGGCAAGAUGGAGAAGGAGCUGAACGAGCGGCUGAACCAUAUCUGGAAUUUCGACAUUGAGGAUUCGAUCCGGGAGGCCACCAAGGAUUUACAACGCAGGCUGUCCGUGCCCGGCUUACACAAGUACGACUCUCAGAAGAUGCCUUGGUUCUUAAACGAACAUAACGGCCUGGAGACCCAGUGA